CCGUAAAGCAACCGGAUUGCCUAGAACAUAGAUACAAGAAAAAAAGUGACGAUUACACUGAACAGAGAUCUAUCAGAAUCAGAACACGGCCCGAAAGUGCGGAUUUUGCAUCUCAGCAGCCGCACCUUGACAGUUAUUGGGCUCUGCUGUUUUGUCAUUUAAUGACAAUACAAUUUUACAUGAAUCCCUAGUCACUUGGCGUGCGUGCGUGCGUGUUUGUGUGUGAGACAGAUAACAGAUUGCUAGUUAGCAUUAGCUAGCUAUUGAGUCAAAACGAUAGCUAGACCAGUGGCAAAGCUAGCUAGCGUUUGGUAGUCAUUGCAAUGAUGGCCUCCGAUAGCGGUAGCAACAUGGAUAGAGAGAUGAUUCUGGCUGACUUUCAGGCUUGCACUGGUAUUGACAACAUUGCGGAAGCAAUUACUCUUUUAGAGCUGAACAACUGGGAUUUGGUGGCUGCCAUCAACGGGGUUAUACCACAGGAAAAUGGGAUCUUACAAAGUAACUACUCCAGUGAGGGCUCCCAGACGGGCCCCUUCGGCCCUCACAGUCAAGCAGCCUCUGCAGAGACGGCGGCAGCGGCAGCCUCUGCGGCGGCCGGGGCAGGAGCAGCUCCGGCAGCCCCCGCCUCUUCCUCGUCCUCCUCUUCCUCGCCGGCCUCGGCCUUCUGCCCAGUGCUGCCCGCACGGCAAAUUGUGGAGCGGCAGCCACGCAUGCUCCACUUCCGGGUGGACUACCGGCAACGCACCGUAGAGGUGGUGCUGGAAGACGCCAGCGCAGUGGGUGAAAUCAAACAGAUCCUUGAGACAGAGCUCCACGUGCCCAUGGCCAAAAUGCAGCUGAAGGGCUGGAAGAGUGGAGACGUGUCCGACAGCACUGUGCUGCGGAGUUUACAUUUGCCCAAGAACAACAGCCUGUACGUCCUGACCCCAGACAUCGCCCCCUCUGCCAGCACCAGUCAGAACAGCACGCUUCAAGAGUCAUUAAAUCAGAACUUCCUGCUCGUGAUCAGCCACCGUGAGGCCCAGAGGGACUACAGCCUGAACUUCCCCGCCAGCAAAACCAUCCAGGAGGUGAAGAGAAACAUCUCAGACCUGACAAAUAUCCCCGUGCGGCACCAACAAUGGGACGGCUGGCCAGCCUCGGCAUCAGACGACUCGAUGACUCUCGCCAGCUCGGGGAUCAGCUACCCCUGCCACCACCUGACUGUGUGCCGCCGGUCGUCCCCCGCCCCCUCCGCCGCCGCCCCCACCGAGCAGGCAGAAGAAUUGCCCGGCCCAAGCCCCGCCCAAGCCCCGUGCACAGAUAUCCACAUGGUGAGCGACAGCGAGGGAGACGACUUUGAAGACGCCCCAGAGUUUGGAGUGGACGAGGCAGAGAUCUUCGGAAUGGGAAGCUCAGCGUCAAGUCGGAAGACGCCUAUGAUGCCUGACAACAGUGAGAAUGAGGGGGACGCCUUACUGCACUUUACUGCCGAGUUUUCCACAAGAUAUGGAGAUUGCCAUCCAGUCUUCUUCAUCGGCACUUUGGAAGCAGCUUCUCAAGAGGCCUUCUACGGCAAAGCCAGAGACAGGAAACUGCUGGCCAUCUAUCUCCACCAUGACGAGAGUGUCCUCAGUAAUGUCUUCUGCUCCCAGAUGAUGUGUGCAGAGUCCAUAGUCUCGUACCUGAGCCAGAAUUUCAUCACGUGGGCCUGGGAUGUCACUAAAGAGGCCAACAAAGCCAGACUACUCACUAUGUGCACACGGCACUUUGGCAGUGUGGUAGCUCAGACCAUUCGGACAUACAAAACUGACCAGUUCCCCCUGUUACUCAUCGUCAUGGGCAAGCGGACGUCCAACGAAGUAUUACACGUCAUUCAAGGCAACACAACAGUGGAUGAGCUGAUGAUGAGACUAAUGGGAGCGAUGGAGAUCUUCACCUCCCAGCAGCAAGAGGACAUUAAAGAUGAGGAUGAGCGGGAGGCCAGAGAACUGGUGAAGAGGGAACAGGACGAGGCCUACCGCCUCUCUCUAGAAGCCGACCGCAAGAAGAGGGAAGCCCAAGAGAGAGAGGAGGCUGAAACUGUGCGUCUGCAGCAGAUCCGCAAGGAGCAGGAGGACGAGCGGGAGGCCAUCCGCCUGUCAUUGGAGCAGGCCUUACCGCCCGAGCCCUGCGAAGAGGGUGGAGAGCCCGUCAGCAAGCUGCGCAUCCGCACGCCCAGCGGCGAGUUCCUGGUGCGGAGGUUUCUGGGUAGCUGCAAGCUGCAGGUGCUCUUCGACUUCGUGGCCUCCAAAGGCUACCCCUCGGACGAGUUCAAGGUCCUCACAACCUUCCCCCGCAGAAAUAUCACGCAGUUGGACCCAGUCUCAACCCUGCUGGAAGCCAAGCUCUUCCCUCAGGAGACGCUCUUCCUGGAGGCCCGGGAGUAGCACUGCCCUCCCUGACGGGGACUGGAGAGGAGGACAACCCAAGCAUGGUCCCGCUGUGUCCAGAGACCACCCUCAGACUCUCUCACACCCACCAACACUCACACACAAACACACACACAAACACACACACACACAUACAUACACAUACAUAGACGUACACAUACACACCCUUUUAAACAUGGACGGACACAGAUACACAUUCACACGCACACACACACACAGUCACACACACACAGUCAUACACAUAUUCAUACCCCUGUGGGUUGUACAUGAAUGCCUAGUGUACAUGUCUGCACAGAGAAGCAAGCACACAGUUUAAAAAAAAAAAAAAAAAAAACACCACACAGACACAAACACACUCUCUUUCUCUCUCCGUACACGAUUUUGCCGUGUUUUCUUUUUCUUCUUUUGUCAGCCCACAUUUUUGAAAUGUAAAAAAAUAAUAAAUAAUAAUAAAAAAGAAAAACAUACAAACAAUAACUGAAACCACAGUGCUCAGUUGAUAGAUCAGCACCCUAUACAAGUACUUCCCACUGAAGGCUGCUUCACGGACUUCAUUUUUCCUAAACAAGAUCGGCUCUUGGAACCGGCAUGUUUUAUUCGGAGAGCGCUGGACACUCUCUCCGUUUCAUCAGACCCUUCGUCCCCCACAAUUCAUCAUCGUCAUCAUCACCAUCACCCAUCCCCCCCACCGCCCCUUUUGUUUUCCACCCUGUUCCUUUUUAAGUUUGAUGCUGUACUAGUUUUAGUUUGAUAUACAUUAUAUAAAAAUAUAUAUGAACAUUCACCCAUCUGGAUCUACACUAUAUUAUCCAUCAUGACGCUAAGGGUUUGUUCUGCAAGGGAGUUAUAUGCUUAAUCAACCUGACAUCGUAAUUAGCUUGUUUUUUUAUUACGGCUGAGGUUAUGUGCCCCUCUGACUCCUUAGGUUCUCUGAAUACCCGUUGAAGUUCCUGUCAAACCUGCAGAAUCACUGCCUCAAAUGAUGUGCUUUUAUCGUAGUAAUUGAAGGUUCAAGAAUGCCAGACCUCAAUGCACAUGGAAUCCCCUGGCAUGUUGUUUUUCUUCUGGUUUUUAUCAUUCUAAAAGAGCAACACAACACAAUUUUAAUUUUUUUUUAAUGUAUGGUGGGAAUCAGGACAGUGGGGGUAAAUUACAUCACUUAAAUUUCAUCCAAUUUUGGAGAAUUUACACAACAUUGUCACGGCAAUGAAGAGAAAGCUCCCAAGUCCAGUGCUGCUGCUCUCCAGUGCCAUCUUCCUCUGCGGUCCUACUGGGCGUUGAGUGCAGUCCUGCCCCCGAUGCCAGUGGAGGAUGGUGUCCUGUUUGUGGCCACAGAA